AUGCCUGCCGAGAAGAAAAUGAAAGCUAAAGAGUUGAAGUGGAAAAAUGUGGUAGAAGCGUUGAAGCGCGUGGAUGAAUUUCUAGUGAAUUACGCUCCAGAUGAGCAUCAAUAUGAAGUGCCUCUACGACUCGAACGCUUAGAAAAGCUAAAUGAAGCGUUCGAGAUGAUCCAGUCGGAAUACGAACAGCUAGAUGAUAGCGAGCAGUUUUUAAUUGCGAACAUGGAAUGUCGAGCAAAAAUAGAAGAGCAGUAUUUUCGCAUCAAAGCCAGCCUGAUCUCAAAGAUGCCCCAGCCAGUCCCCGUUCCUGUUGCGCAAACGUCAGCUUCAGAACCCCAGCUCAUCCCGUCCGGUCUAGCAAAUGUGAAAUUGCCAACGAUAACGCUGCCAGAAUUUGAUGGAGAUUUCAACAAUUGGCUGACGUUCCACGAUACGUUCGUUUCGAUGAUUCAUGCCUCAACAGAAAUAUCUUGUGUGCAGAAGUUCCAUUAUCUCCGUGCGGCCUUGAAAGGAGAGGCUGCCAAUCUGAUCCAGUCUAUUACCAUUACUGCAGCAAAUUAUUCGGUGGCAUGGGAUACCCUUGUCAAGCGCUAUUCCAAUAAGGCAAUACUACGCAAGAAGCACAUUCGAGCGCUUUUGAAAUACCCGAAGAUCCUGAACAGUAACGUCGAUGCUCUGCAUAAAAUCGUGGACGACUUUCAACGUCAUGUAAAGGUGCUUCAGCAAUUAGGCGAACCCGUUGAACAUUUCAGUUCUAUACUGAUAGAGCUUUUGGAAGAUAAGCUGGAUGACGCAUCAUUGCAGGCAUGGGAGGAAUCAGUGUCAUCGGAGGAACAACCCACGUACACUAAGUUGAUUGAAUUUUUGCUAAAGAGAACCCGUGUACUAGAGAACAUUCUCAUCAACCGUCCCCAGCACGCCAACCCCAAGUCCGGUGGCCAGCAUUCAGGACAUAAGAGACCCUUCCAGUUCCGCGUGAACACAAAUGCCAUGACCGAAGCUGCUCCGAAGAUGUUCCCGCCCUGUCCCGCUUGUGAAGAAGACAAACAUUCCAUGGUUGAAUGUCCUGUUUUUAAUGGAUUAGACGUAAAAGGCCGUCUUAAAGUGCUUACCGAUAAAAAACUGUGCAGCAAUUGCUUUCGAAGUAACCAUUUUGCCCGUACCUGUCGGUCCAAAUACCGUUGCAGACACUGCCAUAAACGACAUCAUUCCAUGAUUCAUCCCGGUCCUUUCCGGUCUGCAGAAAACGAUCCCGUUGCUGAUCGUGCACCGCCUGGCGCUUUUCAAAUUGCUACCGCUGUUGCUACCCCGUUUUCACCCGAUCCAGUUCAGUUAAAUACUGCUGCAAAGGAAACUAGCGGAAACGUUAUCCUGUCGACCGUUGUUCUUUUAAUAGUUGAUGCCUACGGUGAGGAGCAUAUAGCCCGAGCCCUGUUGGAUACUGGAUCGCAACCUAACGCGAUCAGUGAGCAUUUAUGCCAGCAAUUGCAUCUUCCUCGAAAAAUUGUUAACGUGCCCAUUGCAGGCGUGGAUGGUAUAACAACCAAUUCAAAAUAUCAAAUCCGUGCUGAAAUCCGUUCCCGAGUUACCGGAUUCAAGGACACUCUUGAUUUCUUGGUCCUACGAAAAGUGACCAGUGGCACACCUCCCAGAUCGUACACUGUUUCACAAUGGAAAAUUCCAGAUGGAAUACAACUCGCCGAUCCCGAGUUCAACGUUAGUCGUAGGAUCGAUCUGAUUAUUGGUGCCGGUGAUUUCUACACGCAACUGUUGGAAGGUCGGCUACGAUUGGCUACUAACAAAUCCCUGUUAGUUGAGUCUGUGUUUAGUUGGAUAGUAACAGGCAAGACCACAAUACCCGCUGAAGAAGCCCAGCAAACACCAGUAACUUGUCAUGUGGCGACAGUUACAUCAGUCGACAAACUGCUCGAGCGUUUUUGGGCUGUAGAAGAAGUCAGUAAAACAAAUUAUUCGAUCACCGAGCAAGAGUGCGAAGACCUUUUUUCUGCCACGACAACCCGAGAUGCUACCGGAAGAUACAUCGUUCGAUUACCGAAACAGUCUAAAUUCGAACAGCUGAUUGGAGGUUCGAAGUUCUACGCAUUACGACGUUUCAAGUGGCUGGAGCAGAAAUUAGAAAAGGACGCUGAUCUUAAGCAACAAUAUUGUGAUUUCAUGGCAGAAUAUAUUUCCCUGGAGCAUAUGCGUGCCAUUCCCGAGGACCAUUUGGACGGUCCCGAAGCUUUUUAUCUCCCGCAUCACCCUGUGCUUCAAAUGAAUUCGUCACCACCCCAAUUAAAAACGCUGCGUCGCGUCCCGGUGGACCGAUCGCGCCGCGGUCACAGUAGGCCACCUUCUCCCAUUAGUCACGGUGUGGUAGCGAAAAAUUUUAAACGGAAUGCCGCCUCCUUUGAUCCAAGCGGUUGCCAACGCACGUACGUCCCGUACGUGAUCAACCAGAUCCAGUUGAUUCUCAAAGAAAGUACCGUACGAGACGGCACGAUCAAUUUGUGA